AUGCGCGCCAUCCGGAAGCGCUGGACGAUCUGCACCAUCAGCCUCCUCCUGAUCUUUUACAAGACAAAAGAGAUCGCCAGGACCGAGGAGCGCCAGGAGACGCAAGGCGGCGGAGAUGGCGACUUAAGUUUAAGUAGAUCAAUGGUCAAUAGCUCUGAUAAAAUAAAUCAAAAGAGUGGGUCUUCGAUAUUCCAGCAUUCUGUUGAAAGAUGGAAAAUCAAUUCUUCCUUGGUCCUGGAAAUCAGGAAGAACAUCCUUCGAUUCUUGGAUGCAGAAAGAGAUGUCUCAGUGGUCAAAAGCAGCUUCAAGCCAGGAGAUGUAAUCCACUAUGUGCUAGACAGACGUCGUACACUAAAUAUUUCUCAGGAUCUGCACAGCCUUCUUCCUGAAGUUUCGCCAAUGAAGAACCGUCGUUUUAAGACAUGUGCUGUUGUAGGAAAUUCUGGCAUCCUUCUGGACAGUGGGUGUGGAAAAGAGAUUGACAGCCAUGACUUCGUUAUAAGGUGCAAUCUAGCUCCCGUGGUGGAGUUUGCUGCAGAUGUGGGAACUAAAUCAGAUUUUAUUACCAUGAACCCAUCAGUUGUACAAAGAGCAUUUGGAGGCUUUCGGAAUGAGAGUGACAGAGAAAAAUUUGUGCAUAGACUGUCCAUGCUGAAUGACAGUGUCCUUUGGAUCCCAGCUUUCAUGGUCAAAGGCGGAGAGAAGCAUGUGGAGUGGGUUAAUGCAUUAAUCCUUAAGAAUAAAUUGAAAGUGCGAACUGCCUAUCCGUCACUGAGACUUAUUCAUGCUGUCAGAGGUUACUGGCUGACCAACAAGGUUUUCAUCAAGAGACCCAGUACUGGACUGCUGAUGUAUACACUCGCCACAAGGUUCUGUGAUGAAAUUCAUCUCUAUGGAUUCUGGCCCUUUCCAAAGGAUAUUAAUGGAAAAUCAGUCAAAUAUCAUUAUUAUGAUGACCUAAAGUACCGAUAUUUUUCUAAUGCCAGCCCUCACAGGAUGCCGCUAGAAUUUAAAACUCUAAAUGUGUUGCAUAACAGAGGAGCACUUAAAUUGACAACAGGGAAAUGCAUAUAGCAAUAAAGCACAAGUGACAUACAAUGAGACAUAUAGGAUAUGGGCUUUGGCCUGUAGACUUUAUGGAACAGCAACGGGGCCCAU